CACUUAUUUAUCUCCUAUUCUCUAAUUACCAAUGAGGAAAUUACUUACUAUUAUUAAUAAAGCUUAAUCAUCUGGAUUAGAAUGGAACGUAUAAAUCAGAUUAGCCUGCGUCUCCUUGUAUAUACACGACAGCCACCCCACCUUUUUCUCUUCGUCUUGUUUCUUCUGUCAUCUACUCAUCUGAUUUGAUUUGAUUUCAAAAAGCAACCAAAAGCGAGAAAAAAUGUCGGGCAGCGACGAAUUCGGGGAGGACAUGAACGUGAAUGGAUAUUCACCUGGGACGGUGAAACAGAGGUUCAAGGAUCGAGCUGAGAAAGUGGCGAAAACGAAGGAGAUGUUGUCUAAACAAGCGGUUCAAACGAAGGAGAUGUUGUCGAAACAGGCUGUUAAGAUCGCUAAACAAGCUGAAGAACACGAACGCUUUAUCAACAAGGUGACACAUCUUUUGGGGGUUCUCGGGUUCGGAGGGUUUUGCUUUCUCUUGGGAGCAAGACCACAAGAUAUUCCUUACGUAUAUUGUUUGUUCUAUGUCACCUUUGUUCCUCUUCGAUGGAUCUACUACCGCUUUAAGAAAUGGCAUUACUAUCUUCUGGAUUUCUGCUAUUAUGCAAACACAAUCUUCUUGGUUGACCUUCUUCUAUAUCCAAGGAACGAAAAGCUUUUCAUGGUUUGCUUCUCAUUUGCUGAGGGGCCACUAGCAUGGGCACUUAUUGUUUGGCGUUGUAGCUUGGUAUUUAGUUCUGUGGACAAAAUUAUUAGUGUCCUUAUACAUCUUUUACCUGGAAUAGUUUUUUUCACAAUUCGUUGGUGGAAUCCUGCAACCUUUGAAGCCAUGCAUCCUGAAGGAACUUCUAACAGAUUUUCAUGGCCUUAUGUAGAAGACAAAUCUUACCUAUGGACUUGGCUGUUUUGGGUUCCCUUAGUUGCCUAUACCCUCUGGCAAGUUCUUUAUUUCCUCAUUGUUGAUGUGCUACGUCGCCAGAGGCUGUUAAGAGAUCCCGAAGUCAUGACUUCUUACAGGGAACUUUCUAAAAAGGCCCAGAAAGCAAACAACGUAUGGUGGCGUUUAAGUGGGUUGCUUGGGGAUCAAAACCGUUUGUUCAUGUACAUUUUACUUCAAGCCAUUUUUACUGUGGCAACCAUGGCACUCACAGUCCCUAUCUUCCUAUCCUACGAAUUCCAUGUGAUCUUCCAAAUACUCAAGGUAUCUGCCUCCGUAUGGAAUGGAGGAAGCUUUCUAUUAGAAGUGAUGCCUAGACAGGUAAUUGUGAAGGAGAAAAAGAAAUCAGAGAUUCAAAUGCAGCCCGUGUUGCAAAGUCAACAAGAUCAACCCUCAGAUUUAAUGGAAAAUGCAAUGAAGGAGAACGAUUCUUACGAGUUACACCGGUCGUAAUAGCUGCGCUUGAAUGGUUUGUAAAAAUCAUGGCAAAUUAGUCAAUCUGUUGAUUGUAUGUGAGGACAACCAAGGAUGGUGUGUUUAUGUUACAGCUCAAAGACAACAGUGAUUGGUUUUCUUAGACAGUCCUAACAUUUAGUUUUUGAUUGAGAAUCUCUAAUAAUUUUAUCAAAACUAUCCUCCAAAUAAAUAUGUAGAGCUAAAUUGGAAAUUUUAGCUGUUGUAAAUAUAGUACGAACUGCUUUGUCAAAUCCAGGAAAUGGUCUUCAGUGUUUCUUUCUCUUCAAGAGGUAUUCGCUUAUCUAGGAGGAUUUCCAAGGAAGGAUUUUGUGUUCUAGGAAAGACUUGACUAGAUUCUAAUCAAUAAUUUGCUAGUUAUCAUAAUGGGAUCGAACCGUGAUCCAUUCAAGUCUUUGGUCUCGGGUUAAUUGGUUCAGCCGUUUGCUUAUUUGGAUAAAUAAUAAAAAUUCGGGUCGAAUCAAGCUCGAGCUUCAAAAUUAUUGUUUAGGACGUGACCCGCAAGCUUAAAGGGUUGCUUAGCCCUUAAAAAAGUCUUUGAAGCACGUUAUAUGAGUUGAGUCCAGCAAAUCACUGUACAAUAU